UAAACAGUUCCAUUUUGAUCGUCUUUUUCAAGUGCGGUGCAUAAUAUUUGUUUCUUUAGAGAAAAACAGUUGUAAAAUGCCGCUUGCAUCACUCGAAAAGUUUCCGGAAGUGUGCCGCCUUUGUUUGCAACCGAAAACGGAUACAGAAGGGAUUCCGCUGGCCGGAACGCAGCCUGAAUUCGAAGCUACGCUGCAGGAGCUGUUGGACGAUUUUUGCUUCGCCGUGCCGGAGGAAUACGGCGAGAUGCUACCAUCGACAAUCUGUGAGUCCUGUCUCGAUGAGUUCCUAGCCGUUUAUCGCGUUAAAAAGAAAAUGGACUUUCUGCUCAGCUUCCAGAUAGCAUUCACUCGUAUGCAACUACAAGGAAUGGAAAGCGAUCUACGGCAACUAUUCGAUCAGCAUUAUGAUUAUAUGCUGAAUGUCUUUCGUGACAUAAAUUUAAUACAUCACGACGAUGAUGGCGAUGACUAUCGUUUACAGUGGGAUGAUUUGGUAGCAGCCAAUAGUGAACCCGAGCCAAAAGAAUCGUUUUUAGAACCAUCAACUGAAGAAGGUUUGGAAAUGAUUGAUGACGAAAACAACUUAUUCGAGAUUGAGGUUCUCGAUGAAGAAAUAGAUGAAACGAACGAGUUGUCUCAAAGUUAUCAAAAAGAUUUUGGAGAAGCAGGUCCAAGUAGUGAAACUAAUUUAAACAAUAUAGAAACCGAUCCUACUUUGCCAAAAAUCUUAUUCAAGAAACACGUUCCAAAUCAAAAUGAGGUCGAACUUCUAAAUGAGCCUAGUUGCCCGGCCGAUGACUGCGGGGUUGAGCUCAAAUCCCAAGACGAUCUUACCCGGCACAAAAAAGAGUCGCACGCCUAUUUUGGAUGUGACAUUUGCGGACUUGAGCUGAAAAACAAAUACUCACUCGAAGUUCACAUUCGCAGGCAUCAGGGUACCACAAGGUACAAUUGUGAAUAUUGUGCUUCCAGUUUCCAUACCGCACAGGAACAAAAAUUGCAUCUACAACUUGUUCACUUGGGGGCCGAUAGCGUUGAGUGCGAAAUUUGUGGCUUAGCGUUUAAAAACACAAUAGGUUUGAAGCGACAUCUAAAGUCACAUUCGGAAGUACGAAACUACAAGUGUCCGCACUGUGACAAAGCUUUCAAGACAAACAUGCAUUUGCAUCGACACAAGGAAACCAUUCACUUAAAAGUGCGAUUUAAUUGUCCGUAUUGCGAUAUUUCCUAUGGCCGAAAAGAUAAGCUGCGAAUGCACAUCGAGAGAGAUCACGAUAUUCAGUCGUACUUCAUCUGUGAAAUUUGCGUGAAAUCGUUCAACACCAACGAACAGCUGGAGGAGCACAUGAAUCAUCACGGCAACCCAAAGCCGUUGGAAUGCGGAGUCUGUUUGGUGGCUUUUCUGGAGCAGAGCGAUUUCGAGCAACAUUUGUGCAUUUCCUACCGGGACAAUUACGAGUGUUGUGGUCAGGAUCACAAAUAUCACACCUAUUUCAAUAAGCACAUGUUUUUGAAGCAUGGCGAACGGACCAACUUUCGUGUUAAGCCAAAUCCCGUUAAGUUGCUGGCGAAAGUAAGAGCUGAAAGGAAACACGAUGAAAGAUGUCCUAAAUGUGGAAAAGUUUUUGAAACGCGCAAGCUGAAAAAUGAACACAAAAGUCUCUGUGGUGGAGCCUCGAGUGAUUCAAUGAUAAUGUAA